AUGAAGCAUAAAUACUUUGCCGACGUCGACAGUGCCACACUUGAGAAUAUCUCUUCUGCAACAGAGGAAGAUAAACUCACUGCAACUAUGAUACUUCAACGUCCAGUGGUGAUAUUGGCAGUCACAGUGGCCCUUGUGUCGAUGGCAGCGGCGGGAGGUAGAGGCCGAUAUGGUGGCGGCGGUGGAGGAGGUAGAGGUGGUGGAUUUGGCGGAGGUAGUGGUGGUGGAGGACACGGAGGCGGUGGAUUUGGCGGUAGUAACGGCGGCGGAGGCGGCGGUGGAUACGGCGGAGGCAGCGGAGGAGGAAGCAGCGGCGGCUACGGAGGUGGAAGCGGAGGGGCUUUUAGUGGAGGAAGUGGAGGCGGUUUUGGGGGUAGUCAUGGAGGUGGAAGCGGAGGUGGAUUUGGAGGCGGAAGCGGAGGCAGCAGCGGAUACGGAGGAUAA